CCUGGUUACGCCGAGGCACGUGUGCAGUCCCGGAAGCGGCUCCGGAAAGCUGCCCAGCGCGCGCAGCGGGAGGAGGUGCAGCCCGGUCCGCUCAGGUCGGGUCCGGCUGGGCCAUGGAACCAUUACCUGAGCCCACGUCCCGGCCUCGGCUCCGGCCCCGGCCCCGCUGUCUUCUGCUUCUUCCCCUGCUACUGCUGCUGCUGCUGCUACUGCCCGCCCCGGAGCUGGGCCCGAGGGAGGCCCGAGCAGAGGAGACAGACUGGGUUCGACUGCCAAGCAAAUGCGAAGUGUGUAAAUAUGUCGCCGUGGAGCUGAAGUCAGCCUUUGAGGAAACUGGCAAGACCAAGGAGGUGAUUGACACAGGCUAUGGCAUCUUGGACCGGAAAGCCUCUGGAGUCAAAUACACCAAGUCCAUCUCAGAGCCCCCAGACCAGAUGACCCAUCUUCCUUGCAGGAUGGACCACUUACCCACUGGGGCAAGGAGGGGAACUCAGGCCCUCUCGUGCUGCUGUCUCCACAGGGACUUACGGCUAAUUGAAGUCACUGAGACCAUCUGCAAGCGGCUCCUGGACUAUAGCCUGCACAAGGAGAGGACUGGCAGCAACCGGUUUGCCAAGGGCAUGUCAGAGACCUUUGAGACACUGCACAACCUGGUGCACAAAGGGGUCAAGGUGGUGAUGGACAUCCCCUACGAGCUGUGGAACGAGACCUCUGCGGAGGUGGCCGACCUCAAGAAGCAGUGCGACGUGCUGGUAGAGGAGUUCGAGGAAGUGAUCGAGGACUGGUACAGGAACCACCAGGAGGAGGACCUGACUCAGUUCCUCUGCGCCAACCACGUGCUGAAGGGCAAGGACACCAGCUGCCUGGCAGAGCAGUGGUCUGGCAAGAAGGGGGACACAGCAGCCCUGGGGGGGAAGAAAUCCAAGAAGAAGAGCAGCAGGGCCAAGGCAUCGGGCGGUGGCAGCAAACAGAGGAAGGAGCUGGGUGGCCUCGAGGGAGACCCCAGUCCUGAGGAGGAUGAGGGCAUCCAGAAGGCCUCCCCCCUCACACACAGCCCCCCUGAUGAGCUCUGAGCCUCACCCGGCAGCUCCUGCUCACCCAGACACCAGUCCUGGGAGCUGAAGGGUCUGGACCCCAGUUCCUGCAGACGAAGUGGCGCCGGACUUCAGGCCACUGCCCGGACUGUGCCUCCUUCUACUGAGGAGCAACUCCCACCCUGGAAGGACUCACAUCAGCUGCACUUGGCCCCGGCUGGGCUGAGCCUUCCUCUCCCAACACAGGCUUCAGGCGGGCCCUGGCGUCUCAGGGCUGCCCAGAACCCCGGCGUGAACUCUGCUAGGCAGGCGGCCAGCUGAGCCAGGGGUCUGGGGCCUCCGGAGCCCUCGCCCCUCAUGCCUUCCCACCCGGGAAGCAAGAUUGAGGCCCCGCUCCUCUCUCUGCAUCCCCCUCCUGUGGACACGUUAUGCUCUGCCCGGCCCUCCCCAGGGCUCACAGAGUAAACACCUUUUGGCCUUUUU